AGCCGCACAAAUUCGCAGCGGGCGUCCAGGGCAGCGGUAGCAGCAGCGGCGGAGGCUCUGCACUCCCGAGUCCUGCGUCCUCGGCAGGCGCCCGCAGCUAAGUGCGCAUCCUCCACCGCACCCAAGCUUCGUCUGUUUUUUCAAGCUCUACAUGCUGCCCAACUAAAAGGAAAAUAUGGGCACGGGGGAUUUUAUCUGCAUUUCCAUGACUGGAGGGGCGCCCUGGGGGUUCCGAUUGCAAGGUGGCAAGGAGCAGAAGCAGCCCUUACAAGUUGCAAAGAUUCGAAAUCAGAGCAAAGCCUCAGGGUCUGGGCUCUGUGAGGGAGAUGAAGUGGUUUCUAUCAAUGGCAACCCUUGUGCAGAUCUCACCUACCCUGAAGUCAUCAAGCUCAUGGAAAGCAUAACAGACUCUCUCCAAAUGCUCAUCAAAAGACCAUCCAGUGGAAUAAGUGAGGCUUUGAUGUCUGAAAAUGAAAACAAAAACCACGAGCAUCUCACACAUGGAGGGUAUGUGGAAAGUACCACCCUGCAGAUUCGACCAGCCACAAAGACCCAGUGCACAGAGUUCUUCCUUGCCCCUGUCAAGAGUGAAGUUUCCCUAGCUGAGGACCAAAGAAGUAGUCCCGAUUGUGCAGGGAACUUGAAGGAAGAAACAGGCCUGAGCUACCAAAGGGCUCCCCAAAUGCCUGACUCCCAAAGAGGACGCAUGGCAGAAGAGCUGAUCUUAAGGGAGAAGGCAGAAGUAGAACAGUCCGGCCCUGUGGUUGAGCUGCAACUCUCCCUUUCCCAGGAGAGACAUAAGGGCACGAGUGACCCUUUAGUGGCUCUCCCGGGAGCUGAAAAAUCUGAGUCUCCUGACCCAGACCCUAGCUUGUCACAAGACAGAGUUGUCCACAUAAACUCGAUCCCUAUCAGUGAGAAAGCAGACCCUUUCCUGAGGUCCAGCAAGAUAAUCCAGAUCUCCAGUGGCAGAGAGUUGAGAGUGAUCCAGGAAAGUGAAGCAGGAGCUGCGGGACUGCCCCAGGUGGAAGUGAUCCUCGACUGCUCUGACAGGCAGAAGACAGAAGGGUGCAGGCUUCAGGCAGGAAAGGGGUGUGUGGAUUCUCCAGUGGAAGGAGGGCCGUCAGAAGCACCUCCUUCUCUGGUAUUCUUUGCCAUCUCAUCAGAAGGCACAGAGCAGGGAGAAGACCCACGCUCAGAAAAGGAUCACAGCAGACCUCACAAGCACCGAGCACGGCAUGCACGGCUCAGGAGGAGUGAAAGCCUGUCAGAAAAACAAGUGAAGGAAGCAAAAUCUAAAUGCAAAAGCAUUGCCCUUCUUCUAACAGAUGCUCCCAACCCCAACUCCAAGGGGGUGUUGAUGUUUAAGAAGCGUCGUCGGAGGGCCAGGAAAUACACCCUAGUUAGCUACGGUACUGGCGAGCUUGAGCGAGAGGCGGACGAGGAGGAAGACGGUGACAAGGAGGAUACAAGUGAAGUAGCAUUUCUUGGUGCAAGUGAGUCAGAGGUGGAUGAAGAGUUACUGUCUGACAUUGACGACAGCACACAAGCUGUGAACUUUGACUGGGAUUCUGGACUGGUGGACAUUGAAAAGAAACUGAACAGAGGGGACAAGAUGGAGAUGUUACCAGACACCACAGGCAAGGGAGCCCUCAUGUUCGCCAAGCGGAGGGAGAGAAUGGAUCAGAUCACAGCCCAAAAAGAAGAGGACAAGGCAGGUGGAAUGCCAAGCAGAGAACAAGAUGCUGCCCAGACAGAUGGCCUGAGAACCAUGACUUCUUACCAAAGAAAGGAGGAAGAGUCGGUGAGAACGCAGAGCUCUGUGACCAAAAGCUACAUCGAGGUGAGUCAUGGUCUUGGCCAUGUGCCCCAACAGAAUGGCUUCAGUGGGGCAUCUGAGACAGCAAACAUCCAGAGGAUGGUCCCCACGAACAGAACAGCCAAACCCUUCCCAGGGUCUGUGAACCAGCCAGCCACCCCCUUCUCGCCAACCCGAAACAUGACGAGUCCCAUUGCUGACUUUCCUGCACCUCCACCUUACUCUGCGGUCACUCCUCCCCCUGAUGCCUUCUCCAGAGGGGUAUCAAGUCCUAUUGCUGGCCCAGCACAGCCCCCUCCAUGGCCCCAGCCUGCCCCAUGGUCCCAGCCAGCAUUUUACGAUUCAUCUGAGCGAAUAGCUUCCCGAGAUGAGAGGAUCUCAGUGCCAGCAAAAAGAACAGGAAUAUUGCAGGAAGCCAAAAGGAGAAGCACGACAAAACCCAUGUUUACUUUUAAAGAGCCCAAAGUAAGCCCAAAUCCUGAACUCUUGUCACUCCUUCAAAAUUCAGAAGGCAAACGGGGCACUGGAGCUGGAGGUGAUUCCGGACCGGAAGAAGACUACCUCAGCUUGGGAGCAGAGGCUUGCAAUUUCAUGCAAAGCACCUCUGCCAAACAAAAGAUCCCACCUCCUGUUGCUCCAAAACCUGCAGUCAAGUCCUCAUCCUCCCAACCAGUAACUCCAGUUUCCCCAGUCUGGUCUCCAGGAGUGGCUCCCACCCAACCUCCAGCCUUCCCCACAUCCAGCCCAUCAAAGGGCACCGUCGUCUCCUCCAUCAAAAUAGCCCAGCCUUCUUACCCUCCUGCCCAGCCUACAAGUGCUUUAAACCUGGCUGGUCCCUUCAAAGGACCACAAGCAGCAGUAGCCAGUCAGAAUUACACACCCAAACCAGCAGUUCCCACACCAACAGUCAAUGCUGCUCAGCCUGGUGCAGUGGGACCAUCCAAUGAGCUACCAGGAAUGAGUGGGAGAGGAGCUCAGCUCUUUGCUAAAAGGCAGUCGAGAAUGGAGAAGUAUGUGGUCGAUUCAGACACCGUGCAGGCUCACGCUGCUCGAGCUCAGUCUCCCACUCCGUCUCUCCCAGCCAGUUGGAAGUACUCCUCCAAUGUCCGAGCACCUCCUCCUGUGGCUUAUAAUCCUAUCCACUCCCCCUCCUACCCACUAGCUGCUCUCAAAUCUCAGCCAUCAGCUGCACAGGCCCCCAAAGUGGGCAAGAAAAAGGGGAAGAAACCACUCAAUGCAUUAGAUGUCAUGAAGCACCAACCAUAUCAGCUCAAUGCAUCCUUGUUUACUUUCCAACCUCCAGAUGCAAAGGAUGGCCUCCCCAAAAAGUCAUCAGUCAAGGUCAAUUCACCCCUGGCCAUGAAGCAAGCUCUUCCUCCUCGGCCAGUGAAUGCUGCCUCACCUACGAAUGUGCACGCUUCAUCAGUGUACUCGGUACCAGCCUAUACCUCUCCCCCAUCCUUCUUUGUAGAGGCCUCCUCACCAGUCAGCGCAUCCCCAGUGCCUGUGGCCGUUCCCACCUCACCAAAGCAAGAAUCAGCCUCUUCAUCUUAUUUUGUGGCACCAAGGCCAAAGUUCUCAGCCAAGAAAAGUGGUGUCACAAUUCAGGUGAAAUGUAAAUCUGGUAUCUGUAGUCAAUAUAUCACAAGGACCUACUUUCCAGCCUACCUUUCCUUCUCUAUCUGAUAAUGUUAAUACUUAAAAUAACAACAUUCAAAGGUAACAUGAAGAAAUCCUGCUUUUACAGCUCCUACUUCUUGGGCUCCGUAAUGACUACUGAUGGUUUGUUCAUGAAAAAUUUUAAAAAUCAAAAGACUGCACUUGUCCCUGAGUUGAAAAAAAAAAAAAAAAAAAAGCACACUCUAAGAAUGAACAGAAAAAUGUUCUUCUUGGAAGUAAAUAACAAAAGCCAUAGUGUUUUGAUUUGUCUUUUCUUCAGGGUAUAUGGUAGAAGUCAGGGAAUCUUUGAUAUUUUUAUUUGGUGCAAUAAUCUGUUUCCAAGGCCACACAACAACCCAGAAUCAAGUAUUUUGGUUCAAGUCAGGAUGAUAUGGGUGGGGACAGAAGCUGUGGCAGUGAUUCAAAUAAUCUCGUGGGCCCUGAGAAAAGGCAGAAGACAUCAUACUAAGUUUCUACUAUAUGUAGAAAAUAUCUUACAUAAGUUUUGAUAAUAGCUAACAUUAGCGGAACACAAACUUUGGGCCCUGAAUUGUGCUGAGUAUCUUUCAUAGAUUACUGCUUUUAAUCAGCAGUCCUUGUGAGCUAGGUAUGAUCAUACAUCCAUUUUAUAGGUUACAGAUGUGAUUCUGAAGCACAAAGAGGCUGAGUAACUUGCCAAAGACCAUACAAUGUUAAGUAAUGGCCCCUGGAUUCAGUCUGCAGCCUGGCUUUUUAACCAAUUAUAUGGUGAUUUCAUAUAUUCUUCAAAAUUACACUGAAAAAGAAGGUAUUAUUCCUGUUUUACAGGUGAGGUAUCUGAAUCUGAGCAGCUAAACAACUUGUGCAACAAUCACUAAGCUUACAAGCAGCGGAUUAGGGUUAGACUUAGAUAUUCGUCUGGCAUCCAAACCUGUGCUCUCGCUACACUACUGCAUGGUUUCCACAGUCUCAUCUGACCCUGGAAUUUCCCUCCCUGAGACUGCUUAACUGUGAAUUUCCCAAACUGAUCCACCAAGAGCCUCAUUGUCCAUGCUUCAUAGAUGGCUUUGACCACAUUCAGUGAUAUUAGGAAAGACUCCAUUUCCCAAGAUUGCUCAGAAAAUCAGAUGCUAUAACACAUGUUGAAAGUGAAAACCCAUCUUUAAGAAAGAAGCAUCUGUUCUAUUAGUAAAAAAGAUGAAAUUGACAGCAAUUUUAUAUGACUUCUCAAAAUCCUUUUAUUUUCUCAUUUUGGAAUGAAUAGGUGUUGUUCAUGGGCUGGGAAUGGGGAAGAAUGCGAUUUUUUAAAAUAGAGCAUAAUCAAAGUCUCUGCAUAAAAGGAAGUGUUCCCUUUGGCUUUAUGCCAUUUGAACUAAAUGUAAUUCAGGGGACUUUCUUAUUAAGUAGUGAAUCAGCACCCAGCAUGGCUUGCUACUAAACCAACAAUUACUUGAGGUAUUUCAACAAGAAUAAUUCUAAACAGAAUAAUGCUGAGGGAGUCACAAGUUUUCAGUAUUUCAAACUACACUCUAAAAAGUAGGUACCCCUGGAAUCUUAGAAUGUCGUGAUGCCAAUCUCAGUCAGGAUAGCAGUCAAGGGCAUGAGGCAGCAAACCUUUCCCACCUCAAAGAUUCCUUGGUGGAAGAUUUCUCAACAGUUGUUUCCUUCAAAGACUUCCAAGCAAGGACAUUUUUAAACCUUACAUUUUUUCCAGUGGCUUUUUUUCCUUUUAUACAUCAUUGUUAUUUUGAAAACAUCUCCUGAGGGACUAGAGUGAUAAAUUCUAAACAUAGCUUUUGAACAAUCCCAUCACCAAAGUCAAAAAAAGAAGAUGUGAGCUUCUAGGAUAAUUGUAAAAACUCAUUACAUUUGCAGAACUUUAUUGCUUUAAUAUAAAAUCAUAGAGCCCUAAUAAGGUAACAGUUAUGGGGACUUACCAUAUACUAAGGUACCACUCUAAGCAUAAGUGUUAACUUCUUUUCGUCACCACAACAUGACGAAAGUCUGAUGUGGUAUUAUUAUCAACCCACUUUAAGAUGAGGAAACUGAGAUAAAGAAAAGUUAAGACACCUGUGUAGCAUGGUAGAGCUAAGUCUCAGGACCCCGGUCACACUCCAUGGCUGUCCUCUAAUCACAAGACUGUAUUCCCUCCCUUGAUUGCAAGAAGAUUCAGGUCACAGACAAAAGGCACUGCUCCUCAGAAGUGGUAAAUUUUACAUGUCUCAGAGAUAACUCCAAAGUUACACUAAACCUUCUAAAUCAAAGUAAGAAAUAUUGAAACAUCUUAGACUUUGGUAGCUCAAGCAAUAGACAUUUUUAAACAGGGUACAUGGGGAAAAGCUGCAGUUUUUAUCUCUAUCAGCCUAUUUGCUUAUUAGAACUCAGUAAUGGCAAAGGGAAGCUCAACAUUUUGCUGGUUUCCAUUGAACAAAUUCCCACAAUGCUCUAGACCAAAUACCUCAAACACCCACCGCUUCCAGCCAGCUAGCAUUGUAUAUUACCAGAGUUUUGCUAGUUAAAUCUGGCAAACAAAGGAAGAACAGAACAAUGAUGAGAGAAACCUUCAAAUUUCAGUAACAAUAAUGCAGAAAAUAAGAUUCCUUCCAAUUUUUAAAUUAAAAAGAAGACAUGCUUUUUUUUUUAAAUUUAGGAAAAGCAAAAGGUAAACACUUUUUAAAAUGAACUUCACAUACGAUUAGAUGACAUAAGGUGUGUAAACCUUGAGCCCACAAGAAGUACCUUUGUAGUGGUUAAGAGUGUGGAUUCUAGGGCCAAACUGCCUGUCUCUGAGUUCCAGGCCUGCCUCCUGCUUGUUGGGAGACUUUUGACAAAGGAUUCAGUCGCACUGUGCUUCAGUACCUCAGCUGUGUGCUUCAGUACCUCAGCUGUGAAAUGGAGACAAUAAUAGGUGUACUUCACAAGUUGUUAUGAAGAUUAAGUGAAACAGUAUGCAUUAUGUAUAUAAAACAGUGCCUGGCACAGACAGAGUAUUCCACACAUGCUAGCUAUUAUUCUUCUUCUAAGGGGCACUCAAUACACAAUAACUAGUAUUUCAAAAACUUCCAAUGAGGAAAACACAAUUCAACAAGUUAUUUUGUGUUCUCUGUUAGUAUGAAUCCCAGUUUGAGACCUACCACAACUAAAAUAGAAAAAGUAGAAGGAGUGUCACUAUAAACCUCACAUUGGCAUAAAGGAUCUAUUAUUCCUAGGAGUCACUAAUUGAGAGAGCUUUGUUUCUUCUCUUUUUCCUUCUUACUGAAGUUUAUAUGUUUACUUUCCUCUGUA